ACGAAUGAGCUGUGCCUAGAAAGAGGUGGAUGGAUGGAGACACAGUUUUUGUUCCCGUCCUCCUCCGGGACUUACUGCAGGUCAUCAACACGGUGUGUCUUUAGAAGUUACAACCUGCUGGCUGUGAUGUAUGUAGGCCUAAUUAUCCUGAUCAUCAGAGAAACAGCAGGUGUCCAGGUGACUGGAGGAAACAUAACUGUGGUGCAAGGAGGGACCAUCAUCUUACCUUGCAAACUCACUGACACAGUAGAGAGCCUGACACAGAUUUCCUGGCAGAGGAGGACAAGAGAAAAACCACAAAAUAAUAACUUUUUUAUAAUUCCUGCCAAAAAUGGCCCACGGUUUGUUGAUGGACAAGAUAAUCGAUUUCAAUUUGUUGGGAGUGUUUCUGACUUCAAUGGAUCUCUCCAAAUAUCCAGGGUCACACUCAUGGAUGAAGGUGUCUACACGUGCAUCUUUACUUUGUUUCCCAGUGGAAAUUACAAGGCAGAGAUAACUCUGAACCUGCUUGUGCCUCCCGUCACAAGCUUGAAGGAUAAUUGUCCUGUCUUGGGUAAUGUGGAGGCUUCCCUCGUUACCUGCACAGCUGCAGGGUACCGGCCUUCUGCAGAGGUGAUGUGGCAAACUGGUACCCUGAAAGAAAAGGUGAGGACUGCAACCAAUUCCACCCAGCAUGCCAACGGUACGACCACCACAGACAGCUCGCUGUUUGGAGUACCCACCAGAGAAAUCAGCCAGCAUCAGGUCCAGUGUGUCAUCACCAGUGUAGCCCUGCAGAAAGAGGAGACUCUGCCCUUCACCAUACAGGUUUACUUCUCACCGAGAGAAGUGACUAUCAGCCACAAAUCCGAUGACUCAUUUCAAUGUUUAUCUGAAGCUAACCCACCUGCCAACUUUACCUGGAGCAGAGCUGAUGGGUUGUGGCCUAAAUCUGCUGUUGCAGAGGGUGCAACGCUACACUUCUCUAGUAUGACCUCUGACCUGAAUGGCGAGUACCAAUGUGAAGCAUCAAAUCAAUACGGAAGAAAAUACAGCUACCUUUAUUUGCAUGUGCCUUCAGGACACUGCAGUGCUUGUUGGACCCUAUUCAGCAUUUUGCUUUUCCUGAUUGUCUUUGGAGCUGCUGCAGUGUGGUACCGACGUACCAAGUACAGGGGGAGCGAGACAGUCUCAGCAGGACCAAUUGAAGAGAUACGAGAGCUAGCAGAAACAACAUAGAUCUCCUUGACAACCGCAGAGGCAACAAGACGGACAACGGCGGGACUGCAGAUAGUUAACUGGUCAACACUUCCUGUCAGUAGGGGGCAGGAAAAAAAAACGUUAGAUUAAUUAGCUGCGCAGUACUUGGUAGCCUUGUCCGCCUAAAUGAAUUAUAAAUAAACAUAAUAAACUAGUAGGCUAUUUGCAGUAUAUUAAAUUGUUUUUUACCUAAUUAUUUUGCACCCUCUGACAGCGUUGCAUCACGUGCACCUGCGCAAUAUCAUAGCCUAUGAUUUGGGGGGGGUGCGCGAUCGGUGUAAUAAGCGGCAACACAGAGGACGCUUUGCUCUCUCACGCGCUGCAUUUAUAGUCACACAAACACACACACACACGCACGCACGCUGUCACUCUCUGGUGCGCCCUCUUGCUCGUUCACUCCAGAUUCCGGGAGAAUACGCCUCAUUUGCGGGCGUCCGUUAUAUAUUUUUGUAAAAUGCUGCCACACUGCCGAUGUCUUUGACAUGGUAGAGGAGGACUGACUGUAAAUUAAAUGCUCACAAUUAAAUAAAGGCAAAGGCUAUUUGCCCCGUCUUGGUGCAAAUAUCAAUGAAUGCUAUUUGCACCCCAGUACAAUUAGAAGUGAAUGCUAUUUGUACCCUGGUAUCAAAGUGUUUUAUUUGCCCCGUCUUGGUGCAAAUAUCAAUGUAUGCUAUUUGCACCCCAGUACAAUUAGAAGUGGAUGCUAUUUGUACCCUGGUAUCAAAGUGUUUUAUUUGCCCCGUCUUGGUGCAAAUAUCAAUGUAUGCUAUUUGCACCCCAGUACAAUUAGGAGUGCAUGCUGCGGGACUGAGUGUCGGAGGGGAGCGUUUGGAGAUGUGGAAGACUCCCGUAUCCCACCGGGACAGCAGGAUAAAUAUACGUCGCUGUUCUCUUCUGUAUAUCAUAUAAUAAUUUCGGUCCGGUGAGAUCUAUCACUUCCCGGCGUGAAAAAAUGUCAGGUGUGGCGUGUGAGCGUGAGAGCAGCUUGAAAUGCGUGUCUCACGGCCAAUGCCUGAGACUUAAGAGGUCUGAAAUGUAUUUGGUAUCCAUGGCAGCCAUAGACUUAUCUGUCAAGAUCUGAUUUCCAUCAUAUAACAACCUGAAGGUUGUAAAUUCAGAUAUUUUCGGGUUGUAUGCAUUUACUUAACAAAGUUAUGAAAAUGUAGCAGAUUUUUUCCGUUGAAAACAUUAUCAAUAGGCUAAAUAACUGCUGCUGCAAAGACUCGAACCCGAGUCUCCUGCACUAAUUACGGACACGCUGCCCAUUACACCACCCCUUUGGUUCUAUGUUGUGACGUGACAGCUCAAUAUCUUUGCUUACUACGGAAGAUAGAUAUUGGCGACUAAUUAUUUCUAAUUAACAAACUGACGCUUGUAUGCAUUCACUGAGGAAAGAUUAUGAAAAUAUAAUACAACUUUCCCGCCAGAAAUGUCUUUAGAACAAACAUUAGAUAUGAAACCUUUCUAAAUUCGCCCUUUUCUGCUGGCGUGGAAGAUGAAUGUCCGCCAUGUUUUCACGUUGUUAUAUGUCUAGGGUGCAAAUAGCUCAGCUGUGUGGCCGAGGCUAUUUGUACCAGGGGUGCAAAUAGACACUCUGUUAAAUAAAUAUUCAGCAAACCACCAGACCAAGGCCUUCUAGUACUUUCUUCAAUCUGUCUCCAGUGGGUUGGGCAAAUCCAAGGGGGGUGUUCUGAAGACAGACUGUUAACUGUGAAACAGGGGUGCUCUGAAAACACCCCCAUUAGCAAUUAGUGCUUUCCACCUGAUGAAAUUAACACGGCAAAAAAUCGACCAAUCAGAAUUUUGGUCGAGCCAGAACUUAUCGACCAAUAAAUCGACCAGUCGACUGGGAGAUUACAGCCCUACCUGUCAGUAACAUUUAUUGAUAAACUGACAGACCUACAGCAGACCUGUUUAUCUGUUCACCCCCAUUCUGUGUAGAGUAACUUGUGAGUGUGGGUACAGGCCUAUUCAUUAAUUUUAAAAUGUUGGUUUGCUGUAUGCUGUGUUUCUUCAUUUAUUUGUUUUACAACUAGCUGCUGCAUUUCCCACAGUGUAUUAGAAUGGACCAGAUCUUGUUUUAGUGUUUAUUUGAGUUGAUUUAUGUAUGUGAUUUAUCACUUAUCAGCUGUAGUUUCUUGUUUUGAUUGUUGCUUUUUAUAAGACCAACGUCAGGAAAACCCAGUGUGGAACAGAGUUUAUCUUUUUGACGUCAGUGUGAUAACACAUGUGCUGCUUUGAAGUCUAUAAUUAGGAGUUUUUCACUGAAGAAAUCAACCAAAACAGCAUUACAUGAUAUAUCCUUGUUCAUUUAAGGUCAAAAUGACAUUGCACACUCCAAAAAGAAUAUACUAUAAUGUAAAUGUGCAGCAGUUUAUAAUGUAAACUGCUGCACUGUUUCCAUCUGCUGACUGAUCUGAGAAAGACUUGUACUUUAUUUUAUUGUAUUUAUUUUGACUUUCUCUUCAGUCAAUGCCAACAUGGGAGGACUGUAAACAACCUUGCUCAAGCAGAGUUUACAUCAUACUCUUCUGCUACACUAGUACUCAUAGGCAAUAGUGACUUACAUCUACACAAAUAUCUCUAUCAGUCUGAACAGUCGAUACACAUUUGAUUCUUUAAUAUUAUGUUUAUUAAUUAUGUUUUUUUAAUAUUUACAUUUUUAAAUAUAUAUAUUUUUUAUUUUAAUUUACCGUUUUGGUGGCUUCUUUUUCUUUUUCUAACUUUUUUUCUUUUAAACUUUUCCACUGUG